CCCUUCACAUUUUAGGGUUUAACGUUCCCUCCCUCGCACCCACAGACAUGAUGAUGAAUACUAUCUUCUUCAGAGCUUCAUCUACCUCCACCAGACUCGUUGCUCUUGCUUCCUGCAACUCCCUCAGGCUUCUUCUUCCUUCAUCUUCAAUAGCAAUUCCAGUCAAAUCUCAAUUUUUCAUUAAUCCCACCGUUGGGGUUUUAAGGAGCAAUUUCCACGCCUCUCGAUGGGUAGAUGUGAGGGCUUCCGCUGUCCUAACACAGGCUGCCGGAUUCGCUGCUACAGCCGAAAUUUUAUACGAAGAGGACACCUUAUCAUCUUCUUCUUCUUCUUCCUCUUCCGAUGGUCUUGAGAUAUCUAGCCUUGGGAUUCCUCAAGAGAUUGUUAAUGCUCUAGCCAAAAAGGGUAUAACCAAGCUCUUUCCCAUUCAGAGAGCUGUACUUGAGCCAGCAAUGCAAGGGCGUGAUAUGAUUGGGCGUGCGAGGACAGGAACCGGGAAAACUCUUGCUUUUGGUAUUCCUAUCAUGGAUAAGAUUACUCGUUUCAAUCAAAAGAAUGGAAAAGGGAGAAACCCACUAGCCAUCAUCCUGGCUCCCACCAGAGAACUAGCUCGCCAAGUAGAAAAAGAAUUCUACGAAGCUGCACCCAAUCUAGAUACGCUUUGUGUCUAUGGUGGAGUACCCAUUCAACGUCAAAUGAGCACCAUUGAUCAUGGUGUCGAUGUGAUAGUAGGCACUCCUGGACGUGUGAUCGAUCUGAUCAAGAGAGGUUCCUUGAAGCUAUCAGAAGUCAAAUUCGCUGUUCUCGAUGAAGCCGAUCAGAUGCUCAACGUGGGUUUCGCAGAUGACGUUGAAACAAUUCUAGAAUAUCUCCCACGAGAACGCCAAACCAUGAUGUUUUCAGCAACAAUGCCAAGUUGGAUUGUGAAACUCACUCGCAAGUUUCUCAAAAGUCCAUUAACUAUCGAUCUUGUUGGUGAUUCUGACCAAAAAUUAGCUGAUGGAAUCACAUUAUAUUCUAUUGUAUCAGAUAAUCGUGAUAAACCAUCAAUUAUUGGACCACUUAUAGCGGAGCAUGCAAAAGGGGGAAAGUGUAUAGUUUUCACCCAAACAAAACGUGAUGCAGAUAGAUUAUCACAAGCAAUGCAAAGGCACUUCACUUGUGAACCUCUUCAUGGAGAUAUUACUCAAAAUCAAAGAGAGAGAACACUUGCAGGAUUCAGAGAUGGGCGUUUCAAUGUUUUAGUAGCCACUGAUGUUGCUGCUCGAGGGCUUGAUGUGCCUAAUGUUGAUCUUGUGAUACAUUAUGAGCUUCCAUCUUCUUCAGAAGUGUUUGUUCAUAGGUCUGGAAGAACAGGGCGUGCUGGAAAGAAAGGAAGGGCGAUCUUAAUCCAUUCAGCUCAGCAGAUGAGAGAUGUGAAGGGAUAUGAACGUGAAGUAGGAUGCAGGUUUUCAGAGCUUCCGAGAAUCACUGUUGAUGCAAGCUCAAGAAUCGAGCUUGGUGGCGGUUCUAGCUCUUUUGGCGACCAUCUCGUGAUGUUGGUUUUGGCGGGUCAAGUUAUGGCGGCGGGUCAGGUGGCGGCUUUAGAGGGUCGAGCUCUGACCGUGGCGGUGACCGGUCAAGUGGUUUUGGCAACAUGCGGUCAAGUGGGUUCUCAAAAUCUGGUUCCGGUUCGGACCGUUCAAGGUCUAGCAGUGGGCGUUUUGGUAAUUUUGGCGAAGAUUAAAAUCAAGAUUUCCAAUCUUGUCCCUAGGAGGCAGGUGGGAGGAGGGUAUUAAAGACAAUUUACCAUGUUUGUGUGGGAGGGAUGGCUUCAAUUUGGAAGGCUGGUGGUGGGGGAGGGUUUAGCUGACAUUAUCAUAACAAAAGAAAAGAUUGAUCUUAUUCUUUUUUAGUUAUUAUUUUUUAUAUGUAUUAUGUAUAUGAAUCUUUUUGGCGGACUUUAUAAGUAAUUUUUUGUUUAUUUAUAUUUAUAUUCCAUCCUGUUGAAAACAGUAAAUUGAUAAUGAUUCAAAGUUUUGUAUCAAAACCUGAAAUGUACUUGACUAUAUGUAUAUGUGUGUUUAUUUCCG